AUGUUCUCUGAGAAGGAUCUGAAAGAAUGUGGUAUUAAUGUGAGUAAAGACACUGAGUUCACAGGAAUGAUCGCUGAGAUCUUUAAGAAGGAAGAUGGACUUUAUAAGACAAAGGUCUUCUGCUUUGUGCAUCUGAGUGUUCAAGAGUUUCUCGCUGCAGUGCAUGUGUUCAUCUGCUACCUGAACAAGAACAUGCAGGAGCUUCAGUGGAGUGAGAGAGGACAUCUGGACCUGUUCCUGCGGUUUCUGAUGGGCAUUUCACUGGAAUCCAGUCAGAACCUGCUCCAAGGUCUGAUCACACACACUGAAGACACCACAGAGAGCCUCAGACAAGCUACUGAAUACAUUAAACAAGCACAAAAUAAGUAUGGUAUCUCAGAUGAAGCCUUAGUCAAUCUUUUUUACUGCUUACUUGAGCUCAAGGAUCAUUCAUUAUAUGAGGAAAUCCAGAGUUACCUCCGUUCAGAUGCACAUCCAGGAAGAGACCUCUCAUCUUCAAUGUGCACAGUGUUGACCUACAUACUGCUGAUGUCAGAGAAGGUGCUGGAUGAGUUCAGUCCAAAGAGGUUCACGUCAAAACAAGCAGACCACAAGAGACUCGUUCCAGCUGUGAGAUGCUGCAGAAAAGCCUUAUUUGAUGGCUGUGGUCUUGAUGAAGCAUGCUGUGAAACUGUGUCUUCUGCUCUACAAUCAUCAAACUCUCAUCUGACAGAGCUGGACCUGAGUAACAAUCACCUGCAGGAUUCAGGAGUGAAGCUGCUCUCUGAUGGACUGAAGAGUUCACACUGUCGACUGAACAUAGUGAAGCUGCUCUCUGAUGGACUGAAGAGUUCACACUGUCGACUAAACAUACUGAG